CGAUCUUCUACGCAUGCGUACUUGGGUGGCGAGGUACAGGGCUUCUUGCUAUUUGAGUUUUGUUCCGCGGACUUUUCUAGGGAGAGGACUUUCUGGACAGUCAAGAUGUCAACAAGUGACUUCUACUUGAGAUAUUAUGUCGGGCACAAAGGAAAGUUCGGACACGAGUUUCUGGAAUUUGAAUUCAGACCCGACGGUAAAUUGAGAUACGCAAACAACAGCAACUACAAGAACGACGUCAUGAUCAGGAAAGAGGCGUAUGUACACAAAAGUGUGAUGGAGGAGCUGAAGAGGAUCAUUGACGACAGUGAGAUCACCAAGGAAGAUGAUGCUCUGUGGCCGCCUCCUGACAGAGUUGGCAGACAGGAACUGGAGAUUGUCAUUGGGGACGAGCACAUUUCAUUCACAACUUCCAAAAUUGGCUCUUUGAUUGACGUCAACCAGUCAAAGGACCCUGAAGGUCUUCGCGUGUUCUAUUACCUGGUGCAAGACCUGAAAUGUCUUGUAUUCAGUCUCAUCGGCCUACACUUCAAGAUCAAGCCUAUCUAAAUGUGGAUUUUGCUCGUUUUAAUUGAUUUAGAUAAUGUUUCUGUUGUUGUACUACUGCAUUUGUACGUUUGCUUUGAGUGGAACUUUUUUAUUUUAAAUAAAGGGUGAGAAAUGUA